CGCUCGUUUUGUUUCAGAACUCUGAAAUAUCGCUGUUUGAGACGAAUAUUCGUUUCAUGGGAAGCCUGCUCGCCUGUUACGCUCUCACGGGAGACGUGAUGUUCCGGGAUAAGGCGGCACAGCUCGGUGAACGGAUGCUGCCUGCCUUCCAGACGGAAACCGGAAUUCCUCAUUCCCUCAUCAACCUCCAUACCGGGGCUAGCAAGAAUUACGGUUGGGCGAGUAGCGGUUGUAGUAUUUUAUCCGAAAUCGGAACGAUGCAUCUUGAGUUUACCUACUUGAGCGAUAUAACGAAUAAUCCGGUAUUCAAGAGCAAAGUCGAAAACGUAAGGAAGGUUCUGAAGAGUCUAGACAAACCGAAAGGUCUAUAUCCGAAUUAUAUCCAUCCAAGAACAGGAAAAUGGGGUCAACAUCAUAUGUCGCUCGGUGGGCUCGGCGACAGUUUCUAUGAGUACCUACUGAAAGCUUGGAUCCAGUCGGGUAAGGAGGAUGUCGAGGCACGUAAAAUGUACGAUGAAGCUAUAGCCGCCAUAACCGAGCACAUGAUCAAAACAUCCCCUGGCAAACUUGUGUACGUGUCGGAUUUAAAAUAUGAUAGGCUUGAACAUAAAAUGGGUCACUUGGCUUGCUUCGCCGGCGGUAUGUUUGCUCUGGGAGCUAAAACUCUGGAAAACGAAUUGUCUGAAAAAUACAUGAACAUCGCCGCCGGUUUGACCAAUACGUGUCACGAAUCGUAUGACAGAAGCGCUACAAAACUCGGUCCUGAAGCUUUUCACUUUAUCGAAGGCAACGAGGCAAGAAGCUUAAAGAAUGGUGAAAAAUAUUAUAUUCUACGACCUGAGACUUUCGAAUCAUACUUUGUGAUGUGGCGGUUAACAAAGGAUCCAAAAUAUCGUGAAUGGGGUUGGGAGGCUGUUCAAGCAUUGGAAAAACAUUGCCGGGUACCCGGAGGAUUCACGGGACUUAACAAUGUUUAUCUAGUCGACUCGGCGAAAGACGACGUCCAACAAAGUUACUUCUUUGCUGAAACAUUGAAAGUAAGGAGAAACGAAGCAUUAUUUCGAUUCAGUUUAUACACCAUUUCUCGUAGAGACUGA